AUGGCGUGGCGGGCGGUGAGCAGCUGCCUGGCCUUCGAGGCUUCAGGGCUGCUGGCAGGUUGUCUGGUUGAUGUCAGGAGUUCCGCGGGGACCACGAUCAUGGAGGGGGGCGGAUAUUCACUUCCCGUUGUCAGGGUCACUUGGUCUUUGUUGAUGGGGAAGAUCGAUUCGCACGUGGUCUCUGCGAGGGGCAAGAACUUCUUGUCGACGAUCAUAUGCGGUGUCCUUCGACUGGAUAUAGGUGCCUCAAUGCCUGCUCUGGCAGAUCGUAUCAAAAAGAAGAGAGUCAGUCAACUUGCUGUUUAG